GCUUCCCUCGCUCACGGCGUCUUUGCUUUUCCGGUCCCGGCCUUAGGGUGGCGGACAUGACGGCCAGGGGUCAGAGCCCCCUCGCGCCGCUGCUGGAGACCUUGGAAGACCCUUCCGCCUCCCAUGGAGAGCAGACUGACGCUUACCUGACCCUCACCAGUCGUAUGACUGGAGAAGAAGGAAAAGAAGUAAUUCUCGAGAUUGAGAGAAAACUUCCUCAGCUGUACAGUGUUUUAAAGACUCACAUUUCCAGUCAAAACUUGGAGCUAAGUAGUGCUGCUCUACAAGCAUUGGGGUUUUGCCUGUAUAAUCCCAAAAUUACCUCAGUAUUAUCAGGAUUUAAUAACCACAGUUAUCUGACUGUCCUCUUCUAUAAGAACGUAGAAUUUAAUAACAUAACAUUUGUUGAAAGAAUACAGAAAUGUACAAAUUUGCUAAUUGAACAAGCCCCAGUUCAAAUGGGAGAAGAGUCAGUGAGGUGGGCAAAACUGGUCAUACCAUUAGUGGUUCACUCAGCACAAAAGGUACAUUUGCGGGGAGCAACUGCUCUGGAGAUGGGAAUGCCAUUAUUGCUUCAGAAUCAGCAAGAAAUAGCAUCUAUUACAGAGCAGCUUAUGACUACUAAUUUGAUUUCAGAACUCCAGAAGCUAUUUAUGAAUAAAAAUGAAACUUAUGUGUUAAAAUUAUGGCCCUUAUUUGUCAAACUACUUGGAAAGACUUUGCAUCGAAGUGGGAGUUUCAUCAAUUCUUUGUUACAGCUAGAAGAACUGGGAUUUCGUAGUGGAGCACCCAUGAUUAAAAAAAUAGCAUUUAUUGCUUGGAAGAGUUUAAUAGAUAAUUUUGCUUUAAAUCCAGAUAUACUAUGUAGUGCAAAAAGACUCAAGUUGUUAAUGCAGCCUUUGAGUUCCAUUCAUGUGAGAACAGAAACUCUAGCGUUAACAAAACUAGAAGUCUGGUGGUAUUUACUGAUGAGACUCGGACCUCAUCUUCCGGCUAAUUUUGAACAGGUUUGUGUGCCUCUGAUUCAAAGCACAAUAAGUACUGAUUCUAAUGCCUCACUUCAAGGCAAUUUAUCUCGUGUAACUUCAUCUCCAGGUUUAAAUUCUAUGACUCCUGUACACAAAGGUGCUUCCUCUCCAUAUGGAACCUCUGUAACUCCCCGAAUGAACUUGAGUUCGAAUUUAGGUGGAAUGGCCACAAUUCCUUCCAUUCAGCUUUUGGGACUUGAAAUGUUACUUCAUUUUCUGUUGGGUCCAGAAGUCUUGAAUUUUGCUAAGGAAAAAAAACUUGUACUGAGCUUAGAGCCACUUGAACAUCCAUUAAUCAGCAGUCCUUCUUUUUUUUGCAAACAUGCAAAUACAUUUAUCAGUGCUGUUCAUGAUAGCUUUGUUGCAGUUGGAAAAGUUGCCUCUGAUAUGGUUAUCAAUGCUAUCUGGAAGGAGUUAAUUAGAUUGGUAAAGUCAGUUACAGAAUCAGGUAUCAAAAAAGAGAGACCAGGUUCUGAAGUUUUGACCCUCUUACUAAAAUCUUUGGAAAGUAUAGUGAAGUCUGAAGUAUUUCCUAUAUCAAAAACACUGGUCGUCAUGGAAAUUACAGUAGAAGGACUUCCUCAGAAAGUGUUAGGUUCACCAGCAUAUCAGGUUGCUAAUAUGGAUAUUCUUAAUGGAACUCCAGCUUUGUUCUUAAUUCAGUUAAUUUUCAAUAAUCUCUUGGAAUUUGGUGUAACAGAUGAAAGGUUUUUUCUCAAUCUGGAAACACUUGUAGGCUGUGUUCUUUCUGGUCCAACUUCACCACUAGCUUUCAGUGACUCUGUUUUAAAUGUUAUUAAUCAAAAUACAAAGCAGUUGGAAAGCAAGGAGCAUCUCUGGAGAAUGUGGAGUAUUAUUGUUACCCCACUAACUGAAUUGAUUAAUCAGACCAAUGAAGUAAAUCAAGGUGAUGCCUUAGAACAUAAUUUUAGUGCCAUCUAUGGUGCACUGAUGUUACCAAUAAACCAUAUUUUUUCUGUACAAAGAUUUCCAGUGGUCACGAUGAAGACCUUGCUUAGAACAUGGUCAGAGUUAUAUAGAGCAUUUGCACGCUGUGCUGCUUUGGUGGCAACAGCAGAAGAGAAUUUGUGCUGUGAGGAACUUUCUUCCAAAAUAAUGUCCAGUUUGGAAAAUGAAGGCCUUUCUGAUUUGUUGUUCUUGGAUAGGAUCUUUCAUAUUAUAACUGUGAUGGUUGAUUGCAUCGACUUCUCACCAUAUAAUAUUAAAUAUCAGCCAAAAGUUAAAUCACUACAGAAACCUUCAGAUUGGUCUAAAAAGAAGAAUGCGCCCUUAGGGAAAUUGACAUCCUUAUUUAAACUUCUUGUGAGAAUGAUCUAUUCUUUCCACACUCUGAGCUUCAAGGAAGUAUAUUCGGAUACUCUCUUCACUAUUGGCAACUCAAUCACCAGCAUUCUUUCCAAAGUGCUUGGACAUAUCUCUUUGCCUUCUAUGAUCCGAGAAGUAUUUGUGACUUUAACAAGACCUCUGGCAUUAUUUUAUGAGAACGCAAAGCUAGACGAAGCUCCUAAAGUGUAUAGUUGUCUGAACAACAAGUUAGAAAAGCUAUUAGGAGAAAUUGUUACUUGUCUACAGUUCAGCUACACGGGAACUUACGACAGUGAACUUCUUGAACUACUCUCCCCACUAUUAUGCAUAAUAUUUCUGCACAAGAAUAAACAAAUUCGAAAGCAGAGUGCUCAGUUCUGGAAUGCCACAUUUGCUAAAGUACCGAUGUUGAUUUAUCCUGAAGAGUUAAAACCAAUACUAAGACAAACCAAACAAAAAUUUCUGCUUCUAUUGCCUGGUUUGGAAACUGUUGAAAUGUUGGAGGAAUCCAGUGGACCAUAUUCUGAUUCAACAGAAAAUUCCCAAUUAAAUGUGAAGAUAAGUGGCAUGGAGAGAAAAUCGAAUGGAAAAAGAGAGUCCUUUUUGGCACGAACAAAGGAUAAAAGAGAAAAUAUAAAACCAACUGCCAAACUGAAAUUUGAAUCUUCAUCUCCAAAAGCAAAGAGUGAAAUUCUUUUGGAAGAGGAGAAGUCUACUGACUUUGUGUUUAUACCUCCAGAAGGAACAGAUGCAAAGGAAAGAGUACUAACUGAACAUCAAAAAGAAGUACUCAAAACAAAGAGGUGUGAUAUUCCCACCAUGUAUAAUAAUCUGGAUAUUUCCCAGGAUACCUUAUUUUCUCAGUAUAGUCAGGAAGAGUCUCUGGAAAUUUCUACUUCAGCCACAAAAGCAAAGGAAGAUUCCAAGAUAAUGAGUGAGGGGGAGAAUAUGGACAGUGACGUUGUCAUUCUUCAAGAUGUCGUGGAAAACUGUGGUAUGAACGAACAUCUUGAAAAGUCUUCCCUUUCAAAUAAUGAAUGUGGUUCUGUUGAUGAAGCCAGUCCAAAAAUACUAACCAGUAAUAAUGAUGCCAGAAACAAUACUUUGAUUUCAUCAAAGAAAACAAAGAAAACUGAAUGUACAUCUAAUAUAGAUAAUUCUUUAGUUGUCAGCAGUAGCUCACUUUCUAAUGCUACUGUUUCUGGAACUCCCUCACAGCCUACAAGUCGGAGACAAACUUUUAUUACAUUGGAGAAGUUUGAUGGUUCAGAAAAUAGACCUUUUAGCCCAUCCCCCUUGGAUAAUAUGUCAUCAACUGUUACAGUGAAAAAUAACCAGGAAAACACAAUUAAAGCAGAUACUCCACUAAAAGCAAAGCAAAAAGAAGUGACUGUUUUCAAAUCUGAUUCUGAAAAAAUAGUGAAUGGAACUAAGAGAUCAGGCCGGAGAUCAGGUAAAGCUGACCAAACAGGGAAUAAAAGGUCUAAGCUAAUGCGAUCUGAGCAGGAGAGAAGUACUCAGGAAUCUCCUGAGGGCAUGGUAGCCUUAGAAAAUAAACCCCCUGUUUUGAUUAAUCAAACAGAAUGUGUAUCAGAUAAUCAGGGUAAUUAUUCAGAAUCUACAAUGGAGUAUGAAGAUACAAAACUUAAAUCAACUAUAGAAAAUGUUGUAUUAUCAGAAAACAAUACUGUAGAGGAGAAAACUGUGGAAAUUAAUUUGGAAUGCAAAGAAAAUACACCUCCAGUGGUAAUACCAGCAGAUCAAAUGGUAAAUGAGGAUAGUCAGGUUCAGAUAACUUCAAAUCAAAAAACCCUUAGACGAUCUUCAAGAAGACGUUCAGAAAUAAUAGAGUCUACCAUUGAUAGCCAAGAUAAAGAAAAUAAUAAUCAAAAAAAGGAAAGACGUAAGGAUGAAGAAAAAUCUCUUCAGAAGAGUCCAUUGCAAAUAAAAGAUGAUGUGUUACUUAAGCAAAAACUGAUCUCUGAGCAAACUGUACAGGAGAAUUUAAUUGAGAAAGGAAAUAAUUUAAAUGAGAAGACUUUUGGAGAAACCAGUGCUAAUGCUGAAAUUGAGCAAAAUAAAAGAAAGCCAGACCUUGAGAGUAUUAAGUCUGAGGGAGAUGGUUCCCAGGACAUUGCAGAUAAGUCCUCUGAGAAACCAAUAAGGGGCCGAACACGAUAUCAAACAAGAAGAGCAUCUCAGGGUUUGCUUUCCAGCAUUGAAAACUCAGAAUCUGAUAGUUCUGAGGCAAAAGAAGAAAGUUCUAGGAAGAAGAGAUCUGGAAAAUGGAAAAACAAAAGCAACGACAGUGUUGACAUUGAAGACCAAGUAGAGAAAAUAGCAAAACAGGAAUGUAUAAAAGCUGAAAAUCAGACACAUGAUUAUAAAGCAAGUUCUGAAGUAGCUAUAGACAUAAAAUCUCAGAUUUGUGAAAAGCAAGAUGAAAGUAAUACUGUAGUACUUCGGGAUUCUACAGUAUCUUCAGAUUUGUUGCAAGUUUCUGAUGAUUUAUCAAAUAUGUACAAAGAAAAGAGUAAAACUGGCAAAUGUGCAGAACAUUCCUUUACAAGUCCACCUGUGCCAGAAUCAAAUCUAAGGACUAGAAAUGCUAACAAAAGAUUACAUAAGCGAGACUCUUCUGAUAAUUGUAGUGCAGAAGACUCCUCAAAAGUAGGGGCAUCGGACAUUUCUUUGCUUUCUGAAAAUACCCUUCCAACACUUGAAUGCCAGCACAAGAGAAGCAGGAGGGUGAGGAGAUCGAAAGGUUGUGAUUGCUGUGGAGAAAAAUCACAGCCUCAGGAAAAGUCAUUCAUUGGGUUGAAGAACACAGAAGAUUGCGAUGUAAAGAUUAGUGAAACAAAAAAGACAGAUGUGCAAGCAUCUGUAACUAUAUCAGAAACUUCUAAAACUAGUCUGUCUUCUGAAGUAAAAGUUGUAGAAGAGCAUCACAGUGUGAAUUUCCACUUGAGUCUCAAGGAGGAUAAUGAUACCAUUAAUGAUUCACUAAUUACAUCUGAAACUGAGUUGAAAGCAAAUACUGCGCAAGAAUCUCUUCCUUCUGAAAUGGUAAAUUUUGAGGAGGAAACUUGUGAUAUGGAUUGUAGUGAAGCAAUGUCUCCUGAAAGUCAGGAGCCAUCUGAUGAAAAUUUUAAAACUGUUGGCCCAUGUUUAGGGGAUUUCAAAGUUACUUCACAGGAGUGCUCUUUGGAGAUCAAAGUUGGAAAACUGGAAGCUACUCCAAAAAAGGAACUAGGCUUAGAGAGUUUUAAUAUUGAAGGAAAUGAAUGUAAAGUGACAGAAUCCAAUCUAGAGGGAGUGGAAACUAUGGAAUUGGAUGCAAGAAGUGAUAAAUCUGAAGCUAGCUUCUCUGAACAAGAGACUUCCAAAAUGGACAUUUCUGGAGAAUCAGCAACAGAAGAAAAUAGUAAAAGAAGUGAUGAAUCUGAAGCAAACACAGGUGAAGAACUGAAUGCUGAGGCAACAGCUGAGGAAUUUAAUUCAGGUAUUGAUCUUUCUGAUAACACUGCACCAAUAAAAUUGAGUGCUCAACCUGAGGUUUCUGAACAAACAGCAGAUAGGGAACUAGAAAGAACAAACGAUGGAUCUGAUCUAGGCUCAUCUAAAGAAAUGAGUGUUGCUGAAGUUGAAAAUUGUGCAGAAACGAUGAUUGGUGAAGUGAAUGCUGAAACUGAUCAUGUUAAUGAAACAGAGGAUGGAGACAUAGCUAUCAAAACCUGUAGUAAGCCUGAAGAAGCUGAAACCAAAAGAUUAAAUUCAGAAAUUGGCAACUUUGUUUCUGACAUGCUUGAAAUGAGUACUAAAGAAGAAAAAUUUGACUCAAAUAAAACUGAAACAGAUAUUGAACUUAAAUCCGAAGAAACAAAAUUAGAUAAUAAUCAGAUGGUAGUGGGAAAUAUUUUGCAGGAAGUUCACCAUAUUUCAGACAGUGUUGAGGGACCAUCACAAUCUCUGACAUCUGAAACCGCUAUCUCUGAACUGAUAAUAGAAGAUAAUAAUGCAUCUCCUCAAAAAUUAAGGGAACUUGAUCCUUUACUUGUGUCAGCAAAUGACAGUCCUAGUGGCAUGCAGACACGCUGUGUCUGGUCUCCUUUGGCUUCUCCAUCGACCAGCAUUUUAAAGAGAGGACUAAAAAGACCCCAAGAGGAUGAGAUCUCAUCACCCAUUAACAAGGUUCGUCGUGUCUCCUUUGCAGAUCCAAUAUACCAAGCAGGGUUGGCAGAUGACAUUGAUAGACGAUGCUGUGUUGUUAGGUCCCAUUCUUCAAAUAGUUCUCCCAUAGUAAAAAGUGUUAAAACCUCUCCUACUGCACAAUCUAAGCAUAAUACCACUUCAACCAAAGGAUUUCUGUCCCCAGGAUCACGUAGCCCUAAAUUUAAGAGCUCAAAGAAGUGUUUAAUUUCAGAAAUGGUCAAAGAAUCCAUGCCUUGCCCAACAGAAAGUGUUUACCCAGCUUUGGUGAACUGUGUGGCACCAGUUGACAUCAUUUUACCUCAGAUUACGUCAAACAUGUGGGCAAGAGGCCUGGGACAGCUCAUUAGAGCCAAGAAUAUAAAAACAAUUGGUGAUUUGAGUACUCUUACACCUUCUGAGAUAAAAACUCUUCCUAUUCGUUCUCCAAAAGUAUCAAAUGUAAGAAAGGCUCUCAGAGUUUAUCAUGAACAGCAGGUGAAAUCUCGUGGACUAGAAGAGAUUCCAGUUUUUGAUAUUUCUGAGAAAACAGUAAAUGGAAUAGAAAAUAAGUCCUUGUGUCCUGAUGAAGAACGACUUGCUUCAGAUUUGAUUGAUCCUGUUACUUUAGAGACUCCAUUAUCCAAAAAUCUUGUUGCACAGAUUAGUGCACUUGCUCUUCAACUGGAUUCAGAAGAUCUACAUAAUUAUUCAGGAAACCAGCUAUUUGAAAUGCAUGAGAAACUAGGUAGUAUGGCAAAUUCUAUAAUAAAAAAUCUACAGUCCCGUUGGAGAUCACCAGCCCAGGAAAAUUGAAGCUUUUUGUUUUUUUAAAAAGUCACUGGAUAUUUUUGAUUGAUAAAUUCUG